AAGGAAGGAAGGAAGGAAGAGAGGGAGGAAGGAAAGAAGGAAGGGAAAAAGGAAGAGAGGGAGGAAGGAAGGGAAAAAGGAAGAGAGGGAGGAAGGAAGGGAAAAAGGAAGAGAGGGAGGAAGGAAGGGAAAAAGGAAGAGAGGGAGGAAGGAAGGGAAAAAGGAAGAGAGGGAGGAAGGAAGGGAAAAAGGAAGAGAGGGCGGGAGGGAAAAAGGAAGAGAGGGAGGAAGGAAGGGAAAAAGGAAGAGAGGGCGGGAGGGAAAAAGGAAGAGAGGGAGGAAGGAAGGGAAAAAGGAAGAGAGGGCGGGAGGGAAAAAGGAAGAGAGGGAGGAAGGAAGGGAAAAAGGAAGAGAGGGCGGGAGGGAAAAAGGAAGAGAGGGAGGAAGGAAGUUAAGAAGGAAGGAAGGGAAAAAGGAAGAGAGGGAGGGAGGGAAAAAGGAAGAGAGGGAAAGGAAGGGAAAAAGGAAGAGAGGGAGGGAGGGAGGAAG